CCAGGAUUGCCCACCCCUGCUCUAGGGGAAACACUGGAAAGAUUCUCCUCCUGAUGUGUUCUCACUGCUGCGCAUCAAAACACUGAGAAAUCCUGCUGGACUCCUUCAUCUUCAUCCUAUAACACUGCACUACAAGGUCAGCACGGUGAAAGUUUUAUCUGUUUGUGUGCAAACAUUUUCCACCAAUCCGAGGCGAGGACCGUGGUUUCACACAUGUUCCGUGUCCCAGCUCCUCACACGACAGCCUAAAAGUCCAAACGCUCGCCGCUUCAGCACUUUGCCUUUAGCCUGCGGCGUGUGAGGAUCGCAACAGGCCAGAUGGUUUCUCAGGGGCUUCAGAUGACCGGGAUCCUGAUGGCCUCCGUCGGCUGGCUUCUGAGCGUGGUGGUGUGUGGCUUACCCACCUGGAAGGUGACGGCCUUCAUCGGCGCCAACAUCAUCACGGCUCAGACCAUCUGGGAGGGCCUGUGGAUGAACUGUGUGGUGCAGAGCACGGGUCAGAUGCAGUGUAAGGUGUACGACUCCAUGCUGGCGCUGCCUCAGGACCUGCAGGCCGCCCGGGCCAUGCUCGUCAUCUCCAUCAUCGUAGGCAUCUUGGGCGUCGCCGUGUCCGUCGUCGGGGGGAAGUGCACCAACUGCGUGGAGGAYGAGCGAGCCAAAUCGAAGGCUUGCAUCACCUCCGGGGUGCUGUUCAUCACCUCCGGGGUGCUCUGUCUCAUCCCGGCCUCCUGGUCCGCCCACACCAUCAUCAGGAACUUCUACAGCCCGCUGCUCAUCAACGUCCAGAAGUACGAGAUCGGCUCGGCGCUCUACAUCGGCUGGGCGGCUUCGGCCCUGCUGCUGAUGGGAGGGGGGCUGCUGUGCUGGAACUGCCCCCCCAAGAACCAGCACCACUACGUGCCCAAGUUCACCCCCGUGAAGUCCGCCACCGCGUCCAGAGAGUUCGUGUGAACCGUUUCCACAAACGUGCACRGACUCUGAAGGCGGGAAACUGUCGGCUGCUUUGAGACGCGCAGGAUUUUUAUCAAAUCUUAAAACUAAAAUACUUCCUGAAACAGAAAAAAAGCUUCUCACAGGACAGGGAGCAGGUUUGUGAAGCUCAACAACAACUUGUGUUGCUUUUAGUGACACAUCGUCAAAAAUUCAACUUUAUUCAAACCUUUAAAACAGGGUUUGCUUCCUUUUAUUUUGAAGAAUCAAAGAGCCUUGACUGUGAUUAAAAAGUUACUUUCAAAUGAAUUCAACUUUAUUAUUGAUAAAACAGCUCCAUGUAACCGUGAUGACUCGUUUUAACAAACAGGAGCUUUAUUUUGUUUGUCUUUUUGGUCU